UUAAAUCGCAGUGGGAAAGCUGGAGUCAGUCGUGUUGUUGUUUCCUGAAUUUUUGUACGGUUUUGUUAGAUGAUUUGUUUGAAAUUUUGGUCACAACUAUAACUUGAAGGUUAAAGGUGUAAUCCUAAAGCAAACCUGUGAGGUGGUAAGACGCCAGGAUUUGAAAUCAAGGGAAGGAAGGACAUCAACUGAUCAUAAUAAUCUAUCUUCCAACGCGACCAUGGAGAGUAAAAGCAAGGAAGGUUGCCAGGUGGCUAUGCUGAUUGACCUGGGCAGCCCCGCGAUGACAGGACCUGUGGUGAGUGGGAAGGAGAACAUCACCAGUACCAGCAGUGCCAAGAGCACGCCCAGCAAGAGCCCUCCUCGCAAGAGGAGCGCCCUGCAACCUGUCAAUAGAGAGAGGACAGAGGGAAUGCUGACCUCCCCCAGUGUAAAGAGGGACAUUCUAGACACAACAGAUAAUGUACAAAGAGUGGAAGAUUCCAUUAAAAAUGCAGGGGACGUGACAUCAGAGGAUGCUCCCAAUGAAGCAAAACAAAAUGAAGUAAACAACGACAAGGUAGAAGAUGCUGUUGGACUUCUAGAGACUGAAGUGUUUGACUUUGACAUACCAGUCUCACCUGUUAACAAGGAGCAAGAAGCAGAAACCAGUGUCAAUGAGGACAACAAUGAUGAAGACGAUGAUGAAGUUUUCUUUGGCCCUGUGGGAUUCAGAGAGCAGGUCAUCUCAAAGGCCAAGGAUAUACAGGAAGAAGAGGAGAAGUAUGUCCCACUGGAACUGAACGGGGACCAGUACGCAGAGCUCUUUGUGGAGGCCACACGGCUGGCAAAGGAGCUGGAGAAGGAGAGCAAGAGAAACCGUGAAGAGGAAGUCAAGUUUGCCAAGUCUGAAGCACGACUCUUCAAGAAGAAAGCACCGCAAAACAGUCCCCGAAACAGUCCUCGUAGGAUGACUUACACCCUGGAUACACCAGAAAAGGAGGGGCCUCCAACAACAACAGCUGAUGCACAGGAUUCAAAUCAAGGGCAGCAAAACAACACAGCUAAAGAGGGACAGUCUGGUUUGGUGCCUAAAAGACUGAGCAGACUAGGAGUGCGAAACAAUACUUACACCAGUGAUGGGAGUUCUAGAAUUGGGUCUAGUGUGAUGAGAUCCCAGGGUUCAAGCAGUGGCAUCCAGAAGCCAAGCUGCUCUAACAGUGAGGCAGGGGAGAAGACAACAGCAGAAAAGUCAGAAAAGGAAGCCAAUGGAAGAAAAGAACUGGUGAAACCUGCAGUGCGGAAGGGAACAUUUACUAUGAGCCCCAACAAUGCCAACAGUAACAAUUCCAAGGCAACAAGGAAUGGUAGCGAAAGCAAUGGCACAGCAGAUGCACCAAAGCAGCCCGUGAAGAGACGGUCAGGGAUUCCCGCCCCAGGCAGCAGGGGCUCCAGUCUGCCGCGGUCCCAGAUCCCCAGGAAGGGUUCGGCAGGGAUGAACACCUCCAUGAACCGCUCUAUUUCUAUGGAAAGCAAAAUGAGUAGGAGCCAGAAUGGGCAUAAUGACAGUACAAACCCCAGUCUGGGUUCUCUGGGCCGCAGCUUCAGUAACGGCAGUAUAGACGACUCAGAUGAUGCAGGCAGCGUGGCGUCUGAUGUCAGUGACAUCUCCACAGCCUCGGCACCAGCAGCUGUCAAGAGGAAAGGCUCUCUGGGAUCACUGCCUCAGAAUGCAAAGGUUGUGAAGACAAGCGCCAUGCCACAGCGUUCAGGGAGUCUGCCCAAGCUGUCAAAUCGACGCAGGUCAAACUCCACAUCCUCUGCCUCCAGGACUUCAUCAACCCCUUCUAAAGGGCCCAGUAAGAAGAGGGUGUCAGGUCUUGCACCGCCUCAGACCAAACCCCAGCUGGCCAAACCCGCCGCUGCAGCCAACACCAGCUUCUCUAAGAAGUCUCUCCUGCCAGGGGGAGGUUACGGUGUGCCCAUGCCUAAGAAACAGCAGCCCAUGAGGGCCACACUGCCCAUGUCUCAGAUCAGCACACCCAAGGUUAAUGCAAACAGCCAGGUGCAGUCCACUCCCCGGGCCAUCCCUGCCCUAACCCCCCGCGCUGUCCCCUCUGCCUCCACACCGGUACUGCAGGACAAGAAGGUUGUCCCCAAACGCAUCUCUGUGGACGAGCAGCCAGGAAACACAAACAGACCGCUGCCUGUAGUUCCCAGCACCCCACAGAACAGCAGGAUCCCCGGGGCAGCCUCGGGCUCCACCAGGAGACGGUCGGGCAUCCCCACCCCCAGGAGCAUGCAGAGGCAGUCCCGACUCCCAUCCAGGGGGUCCGCUAUACCUACACCAGGGUCCAGUAGAAGGUCCUGCCUGCCUACUCUUGCUGCUGCCAAUGACAGCCCCUCAGAAUUCCCGGCUCCACACUUGAGGAAGGUGCAAGAGGCAAACGACUCUCCUCUGGCCUUGAGAGGCUCUGGUCCAGACAACUUGCCCAAGCCGCUCAUCGACUUUGGAGAGGACGACAUGAAGAGCAACUCUCCUGCUGUAGCAAAUCUGAUUGACAUUUGAGCCUGCAAACCUGCAACAUAACCCAGACCAACAGAAAUCCUAUAAUCUACAACAUACAUGGUUACAGUGGUGAAACUAGUCAUAGUAGUAGUUAUUAUCAUCCUUAUACACCCAUGUAUUUUAUUUGCAUACUAUACCGCACAUGGCUGUUACUAGUGACUGUACUACACACUGGUUUGAAACUUAACCAUUUUGAAAUCAUCCUCAAAUUGCAUUGAUCGCACCAUUAGAUUCAUUAGUACAUACGUUGAAGUUCUUUGUUGAAACUUGAAAGGAUUUUUUUAAAACCUGUGCUAGUCUUUAAAUUAUGACUUGAAUGAAGAGUAGAAACCUUCCUAUUUGAAACAUGUUAAGGAGAACAUUGAAUAAAGAUUAUCUAUAGCUUUGUCGGUAGAAACUGUUGUAUAACUGUAUAAUAGGAUACAUGUUGAAAAGAUGUGUAUGUGUAUGUGUACAGGCUACAAAGACAUUCGAUAGAAGAAUCUAGAAAUAUGAUAAAACUAAAAGCUUUAGAAUGAAGCUGAAUAUAUGUACAUAAUCUCCUACUCAUGUAAUGAGUCUGCAUCAUGUGCUUGAUAGCUUGCCUUUCCGUGUGUGCCUUCCAUGUACUACAUGUAGCUGGGUAAUCUUAAAAAGUACUAAAUAAAGCAAUUACUCUUCGGUCAUUUUCAGAAAUAAGCCUUUCUCUGUUUAGAUUUCAUUAGCAUAAUCCUGACAAUCAUGCUGCUUAUACAUGUAGUUUACAUAUAAAACAUUCAUAUUUGUAGUGCCUUUCAUUGAAUGGUGUACAUGUACUUGGGGCAUUUUCAUUUCUCCAUAGUAUGUUGAACUUCAUUUUUGUUUGAUCCUUGAUUUGUUUACAUACCGGUAGGGAUAAUCGAUAUCACUAACACAUUGAUGGAAUUAUUGUUCUUGUGUAUGUCUAGCAAAAGGAGUAAAGAAAAUGGCUAAGAAAAAAUCGUAGAGCUUAAAACAAGGAAACGUAGAAUGUUUUGGGUUUUAUUUUGGUUUUCUACCUCAACUUAAUUUUCUUCAAUAUUUGCAUAGUUCCAUCCACUGCCCAAGUUGUAGAUAGUUAUAGACCUAGGUUUCAUACCCAUUCUGUAGGCCUCUGUUAAUGAACAUAUACUGUAAUACUAAAAGAUGGAUCUCAGCGUGAUACUACUAGUAGUAUCUACCUGUACUGUCUGGUGUAUUGGUUAAUAUACAUAUUACUUGCAUACUAUCAAUUUUCCUUCAGCAGCGUCAGGGGUAGUUUACAGUAUGUCUUGCUGCUUAAGAAGGUGGCAACUUUAUGAGAAUAAAGUAUAGAUCUAUGA